UCAAGAUAGGAUGUGUAUACUUUGUUUCCGCGUGAUGACGAGGGUUCGGUUAUCGUAGAGGUUAUGUUUACGCACGUCGCAAGAACGCGUAUCUUUUCGCGCCGGUAAUUUUGAAAGUAACCCGCACAUCAAAUGUCCGCGCAUCUAUCUCGGAACGUCAUCGCAACGUUAAUCGAGGGAUCUCGAAAGGAUUCUUUUGGCAAUAGAUUCAAUCAGUAACUCCCUCGAGCCGUGGAAAAAGUUAAAUGCGUAGGAGUGGCGAAUCUUGUUCAACAUAGUUUGCGCGGUAGUGUUUGUGCGAAGGGCCACCCCCCGAGAGGCCGCGGCGGUGGGCUUUCGAGAUGAGCUAUGAAUCUGGGCUGCCUGGUAGCCUCUGUCUUCGUCCUUCAGCUGCUCCAGCCGCUCGACGCAUUACCCUCCGUUGUCAGGAUUGGUGCUAUAUUCACUCAUGACCAAAAGGAUAGCAGCACGGAGCUGGCCUUCAAGUACGCCGUUUACAAGAUCAACAAGGACAAAAUUAUCCUGCCGAAGACCACGCUGGAGUACGACAUCCAGUACGUGCCAAAAGAUGAUUCUUUCCACGCGUCGAAGAAGGCGUGUCAGCAGGUCAAAUACGGUGUCCAGGCGGUGUUCGGGCCCUCGCAUCCGAUUCUGGGCCAGCACAUUCACAGCAUCUGCGACGCCCUCGAUAUACCGCAUCUCGAGGCCAGGCUGGACCUGGACACGGAGGCGAAGGAGUUCAGCAUCAAUCUCUAUCCCGCACAAAGUCUGCUCAACACCGCGUAUCAGGACGUCAUGGAGUUCCUCAACUGGACGAAGGUGGCGAUCAUCUACGAGGACGACUACGGACUAAUAAAGCUUCGGGAGCUGGUGAGAUCGCCGAAAAUCCGCGACAUCGAGGUCAACGUCAGACAGGCGGAUCCCGACUCGUACAGACAGGUUCUUUCCGAAAUGAAGAGCAGGGAAAUACGAAACCUCAUCGUGGACACGAGACCCGAGAACAUGCACCACUUCCUACGAGUGAUCCUGCAGCUGCAGAUGAAUGAUUACAAGUACCACUACCUCUUCACGACUUUCGAUAUCGAGACCUUCGACCUCGAGGACUUCAAGUACAAUUUUGUCAAUAUCACUGCCUUUCGUCUGGUCGACGCGGACGACGUCGGCGUACGUAGCAUCCUGAGGGACAUGGAACGUUAUCAGCCGUCGGGAAACACGAUCCUCAAUAAGUCGAGAAUCAUUCAGGCCGAACCAGCGCUAAUGUACGACAGUGUGCAGGUGUUCGCGGUAGGAUUACGUACCCUCGAGCAAUCCCACGCUUUAAGACCCGCCAAUAUUUCCUGCGAGCUCGAGCAUCCCUGGGACGGCGGCUUGUCUCUCAUCAACUACAUCAACUCCGUCGAGAUGAAAGGAAUCUCCGGACCUAUUGAAUUUAAAGAAGGCCGCAGAAUUCAGUUUAAAUUGGAUCUGCUGAAAUUGAAACAGCACUCGCUCGUCAAGGUCGGCGAGUGGCGUCCCGGCGUCGGCGUCAAUGUCACAGACACCGCGGCCUUUUUCGAGCCUGGUAUCGGCAACGUGACGCUGAUCGUGAUCACUAUAUUGGAGAUGCCGUACGUGAUGAUGCACCACGAAAAGAACUACACCGGGAACUCGCGGUUUUACGGUUUUUGCGUGGACCUUUUGGCUGCGGUGGCGAAAGAGGUGGGCUUCUCGUACCGGUUGGAGCUGGUGCCGGACAGGAAGUACGGCGCGCGGGAUCCGGAAACCGGCGAGUGGAACGGCAUCGUCAGAGAGCUCAUGCGACAUGAGCAGCCGUACGUAAUGCUGAAGAGCGGCGGCAACUACAGCGGGGACGAGCGUUACGAGGGCUUCUGCAUCGACCUGCUGAAGGAGAUAGCGCGCAUGGUGGGCUUCGCCUACAGGAUCGAACUCGUGCCGGACGGCAAGUAUGGCGUUUACGAUUACGAGACCGGCGAGUGGAACGGGAUAGUGCGCCAGCUGAUGGACAAGAAGGCCGAUCUCGCCGUCGGCUCGAUGACGAUCAACUACGCGCGCGAGAGCGUGAUCGACUUCACGAAGCCGUUCAUGAAUCUCGGCAUCUCGAUCCUCUUCAAGGUGCCGACCAGUCAUCCGGCCCGGCUUUUCUCUUUCAUGAAUCCAUUGGCGAUCGAGAUCUGGCUUUACGUACUGGCGGCGUACGUCCUGGUGUCGGUGACGAUGUUCGUCGUGGCGCGGUUCAGUCCCUACGAGUGGAACAAUCCGCAUCCGUGUCACGCCGGUUCGGAAGUCGUCGAGAAUCAAUUCUCCUUGUCGAACAGCUUCUGGUUCACCAUCGGGACUCUCAUGCAGCAGGGCAGCGAUCUAAAUCCGAAGGCAACGAGCACGCGCAUCGUAGGCGGCAUAUGGUGGUUCUUCACUUUGAUCAUCAUCUCGUCGUACACCGCGAAUCUCGCGGCUUUUCUCACGGUCGAGAGGAUGAUCACGCCGAUCGAGAACGCCGAGGAUCUCGCCAGCCAGACGGACAUCGCAUACGGAACUCUCGACAGCGGGAGCACCAUGACUUUCUUUCGGGAUUCGAUGAUCGAGACGUACAAAAAGAUGUGGCGGUUCAUGGAAAACAAGAAACCGUCUGUGUUCGUUCCAACCUACGAGGAGGGCAUUCAGCGAGUUCUUCAGGGCGACUACGCCUUUCUGAUGGAAUCCACCAUGUUGGAUUACAUCGUUCAGAGAGACUGCAAUCUCACACAAAUCGGAGGUCUUUUGGACACAAAGGGAUACGGGAUCGCCACGCCUAUGGGCUCGCCGUGGCGGGACAAGAUAUCCCUCGCAAUUCUCGAGUUGCAAGAGAAGGGCGAAAUUCAGAUGUUGUAUGACAAAUGGUGGAAGAGUCCCCGUGAUACUUGUAUGAGAACGGAGAAGGGAAAGGAAAGCAAAGCGAGCUCUCUGGGCGUCGACAACAUAGGCGGAGUCUUUGUAGUGUUACUCUGCGGCUUGGCAUUCGCCGUGCUCAUAGCCAUUUUCGAGUUCUGCUACAACUCGAAGAAGAACGCGCCGACGGAACGGAGGCCUCCGACGCCCAUCUCCGGCUCUCUGCAAGGAAUCUCUCAGGCCGUGCAACAACAGCAGCAGCAACAACAACAACAGCAGCAGCAGCAACAACAACAACAACAACAACAACAGUGUCAGCAGCAACAUCAGCAUCAACAGCAAGAGUCACUUUGCUCGGAAAUGGCACGCGAGCUCUGUCGCGCUUUACGCUGCCACUCGUCGUCGCGGCGACGACGAACCUGCGACAAGUGCUCCACGCACGUGAUCGGCUAUUCGCCGGACAAUCCCACUGCCACCCCCAUAAACGGGAUAAGAUCCCAGAGGAGCAGCCUGGCCGUACCCGUAGUCGACCUGCCUCCGCACAUCCAUAUACAUCAUCACGCGUCGUCGCACGAUUACGACGGCAAUUAGAGAAAAAAUCGCGCCCUCUCAAGAACACAUACACACAUACACACACACACACACACGCAGCGAACACGUCAAUCCACGUUAUCCAGAAACAAGUACAAAAAUUAUCACGCGUUUGCGUGAGAAGAGGAAGCGCAAUCACAAUUCGAUUCCUCGUUGAUGUUGUCGCAAGUUAUCGACGUUCUCACUUAAUAGACACGUCUGCACAAUGUAUUAAUCGAACGUUCGUUUCCUCGGCGUUUGCGAGAGGAAAAGAAAAUUAAAAUUAAAAAAGAGCUUAAACAAAAAAAAAACGCAUCUGCGAUCCAACGGGCGCCCCGCUUUUUCGCACAUUCGAUAACAAGAUCCGUCGGGAAAUCGAUACCGCGUGAGAUUGUGUUAAUGGUUUUAAACUCUCUCUCUCGAGGCCCCCUACGCGAGUUUUAUACUAUCAAUCAAUCCGCAAGACGGGAUAAUAAUCCGUUCCGAGGCUAAAGUAUACGCGCUUACGAUCAAGUAUAUUCGAUAGAGGCGGGCACAGUUGAGAUGGCGUGUGACUUCGAAGUCUUAAAUUAAAAAGUUACAACGCGAUUAUAACACGACCCUAUCCAAGGGGAAAGUUUCACGCGAUGUGAUAAAAGAUCGACGUUACAUAAACGUUAGUACUUUUAAAUGGUACUUAGUGCUCUAUUUUCCCCAGCGAGAAGUUGUCUGUGCGUUAAACGAGAAUUAAAAAAAAAAAAAAACAAUAACCAAACCUGAAUGUAUCUUAUGUAAACAAACUGUGUGUAAAAAUAAUAAUAAUAAUAAUAAUUUACUUCCAAAAUUAUAUUUUCGUUGAAAACGAAAUAAGAAGAUGCGCUUUGUAAGAAUAUUACGCGAUGUACAAAACACAUGAAAGAGGAGUAAUCUGUUCGAAAGUGAGAGCAUGACGAGAAUUCUCGAGGAUUUUUAUCGUUGCGGAUCUCUUUUUUUACGCGCGCGCGCAAAUCGCUUUCAAUCUCGUUACGAUCACUGCAAAAUAGCGGUCCGUGGUAUUAGAAACGGUCGGUUAUCCGAUCGAGACGUAAUAUCGGUUCGAUUAAGAGAGAGAGAGAGAGAAGAAGAGAGAGAGAGAGUAGUAUGAACCCGAAAGUUAGACGAAUGAACAAUCCUUCCGUUUCUACGAAUCUACGAUGGCAGAUCUAUUCGCGUCCGACGCACGCGUUCACGCUACUCUCACGCACGAGAUCAAAUUCGUUGCAUACACACGUGUUCGGUCCAUGCACAGAACAGAAAUGUUUGAAACACAUCCUUGUAAAACACACGCGCGUUCUCUUUCUACGAGAGAGGCUGCCUAUAAAGUGUAAGGUAUAUUUAUAAUUAAUACACACAUACUUGCGUGAAAAUCUGUAAAUAUCGCCGCGUUACAAAAAAACAAAACAAAACAAAACAAAUUCGUAACGGAAACGUAUUUUAUGCAAAUUGAGGCGAGUGAGUAAUCCGUUAGCGCUAAUCUCAAGUACAACUUAGACACUCGAUGUUUAUGUAAUGUGUGCUGUAACAUGUUGAUAGUCGGCGAAAUAAAUAUAAGACGAGAGAGAAAACAAAACACACAUUUUUGUCUUCCCCAUUAAUCUCGCACCGCAUGAAGAAGCGAUGAAGAAAUGAACGCCACAUCGGUCUCCGAGGACUUUCCGUAGACUUUCCGUUUAGGCGGCGUCGGUCCUCCCAGACGCUGUGUAUUUAUUUUCACAUUGUACGCUCGCCCGAAAAUCGGGGAAAAUCGACACUUACGAGACGAAGGCGCCGCUGUGACUCAGAAUUCAAUUUGCACUCGAAACACGCUUUUAACGCUAAAAAAAAACAAAAAAAAAAAAAACAAAAAGGGAGGAUAAAAGGGUGCGAGAAAUGAAGAGAACGCCUUCCGCUCGUUUGCCUUUUUUAUAUAACAUCAUUUAUUAAGGGAUAAAAUAAAUGACAAAUAACAUAUCACUUAUAUGAAACUAUAAUAUUUCUUAGUGUUCAUUAUUCGUUAUGAUAUAAAAGAAAUCACAUUACAUACGACCCCGGCCCCCGCCGUUUCGGCGACCGCGCGGGAACGCCGCGCGGCGCGCAAUCGCUCGUAAAUAAUUCGUCGCGUUUUUCAAACACACGACACGACACGUGUGACCGACAUCAAAUCCAAUUUACGAGAAUUAUACAUGCGCGAUAAUCGGCGAAAUUCCUAAGUGGAUACCCCUCCCGGGGUAGGGAGGGUCGCGAGAGAGCUCGCGUCGGCCCAUGAUAAGAUUAGGCUACGACCGCCGACGCUUAAUCGAAUCAACGUGACCGAGAUGUUACGGCGAGCUUCGCGAACAGGAAUUUCCCACACUCUUUCCGAGUUUCUCUUUCUUUCUUUCUUUCUCUCGUGAAAUUUAUUCUUCUCUGUCCGUCGGUGAUAUCGACGCGGAUUGACCAUCAACCGAAAGGGUGAUCUCGCUUCUCGAUAAUAUAAUCGCGCGUCGAUAUUUUUUUUUUCAAGACUAAAAUCUCGAGCGUAAAAACGAGAAGAACAAAUAUUCAAUUUUUCUUUCUCCCCCGGUGUUCGAAAGGGGUGAAGAGUUUAUCUCUCCCGCAAAAAAAAAAAAAAACCAUCGACGCGCAAUUAAAUGAAAGAAGAAACAAUCUUUCCGGUGAUAGUAAUCCGUUCGAUCGCGUCAGGGGGGUGGGGGCGGUUGGGGGUCUAGUCAUUUCCAUAUCACACUUCCUGGUGGCAUGUACUAUUUUUUUUAUAUGCUUUUUUUUUUGUGACUUUCGGAGGUGGACACUCGGCUGUGCACUUGACCGGUGCACUUUCUCUCUCACUCACGCAUUCUUUCUCCUUGUCCCUUCCCCUUUCUCUCUCUUUCUCUCUUUCUCUCUCGUUCGAGAGUUCGAGCCUGUUCGAGACGAGUUCAGAGCGCGCACGCUCUUCAAAACUUACAUAAGGUUCUUUUCUUUUUUUUUUUUUUUUUUUUUUUUUCAAAUGCUUUCCUUGGCUUCUUCUUUCCUCUUUGUUCGCGCUCUUCCCCACCCCACUUAAGAUUCUCUUCAUUAACAAACCACGUCUCGUCUCGACUCGACUCGAAAUCUCGAUACGCGCUCUCCUUCGCGCAGAUCCAAGUGAGAAACAGAGGACGCAAAAACCGCGAGCGCGAUCAGACAACGCGAGAAAUAGAGAUCUCCGUGUUUUUUUCCAUAGACGCGAAUAUACAUCGCUUGUAAGAAACAAUUCUUUCAUCGGAUGUGUGUUACAAGAUAUCGCGAGGAAGGACGUCGCCUUUCAAGGAUCUUGUCGUGAAAAUCGGAGACGCGAUUUACUCGGUGUGUCCGAUCGCAUUUUCGGGUUUUGUGCCUGUUAAAACGUUCGCCUAAAUUCGGCGCGCGACUUAUAAUCGUUAUUACGUAAACACAUCUCGAAUCGUUUCCAUAAUUUUUUCUUUCUCUCUCUCUCUUUCUCUCUGUCUCUCCUGUUCUCUUUCUCAUAUCAUGCCUUUCUCUCUUUCUCUCUCUCUCUCUCUCUUUCUUAUAAAAUAAAUCGCGAAUUUGUGAUUCGUUGCGCAAAUGUGAUUUUGCCGCAGCAAUAAUCGCGCCCAAAAUUCGAUGAGAAUUUUUUCGUCUCCGCGAUAAGAAAACCUAACAACGACGAACGAUACAGAACAUAACACUUUGUAAUCAACGAUACAUAUCAACCUUCUCAUUAGUAUUACAACGACGAUUCCUCUUUCUCUCUUUCUCACGCGCGAAGUUUGUCUUUUUUUUUUUUUUUUUUUCUGUCUUCUUGUUUCGGUCUUUCUCCGUCGCGAUAUUACACUAUGAGAUCAAUCGUGAACAUAUAACUUCCGCCCGCAACAAUCGCCGUCUUUUUUCUCACUCUCUCUCUCUCUCUCUCUCUCUCUUUUUAUCUCUUAUUAUCUCAUCAAAUGACGCGAAUAACGAAAAUCAAUGGAAAAGAUGGAAAAGUGAGGUAAAAAAAAAAAGCAACUAUAAUUCGGAAUAAUAAAACAGAUAAUAGUGAUAAAUAAAUAAAAAGUGGUUAGUGAAGAAAAAGAUUGAAGAUAUAAAAAA